CAGGAAUUUGCCGAAAUGGAACGAAAAAAAGGAAAAGGAAAAUUUCCCCCUUCGCGUAGUCUCUGUCGUGUCUCCGUGAAUGUACGUGCGUGAAAAGAGCUCCGAGUGCAUACACAUGCCCUCGGACCGGCUCGAUGAGGAACAGCAUGAGCGCUGCCUUGCUAGGCCCGGCUGCUAUGUGACGGUCUUCUUGUCGCUGCUUGUCACUAUGUCUCACUGUCCGCUCCGGGGUCGGCUUUCAUAUGAAGAGCUCGAGAUUCGCCAGGUACGACGCAAAGGAGCACGCAGCCCGUCCUCGCUACGCUCGUCCGAAAGCGUGUCGGAAGCCUCUGACAUCGCUUCGCGAUGCGUCGACAGCCUUCGUUACUCUUCGGCUGUCGUCCUCUCGGAAAGCCAAUCACAAGACAAGCUCCAAACUCCUUCGAACACGGCGCACCUCUGUCGAGUGAGUGGCUGCGUCCCGCUAGCCACCGCGCCGUUGCCAAGCUGCUCGUCGUUCCCUCCUCGCAUCCAGAGGGGAGUACCUCCCCCUGGGCCCCCCCAUUCGCAGUGCAGACUCGGGGAUUCGGGGGUGUGCUGCGAAUGUAAAGCCCGCUGGAAGGACAAGCCAAAUGUACCGCGGCAAGAGAUGUGGGCGUGAGGCAGGAUUUCCGUCGUAAGUGUUGAGCCGAGCUGAGGCGUAUGAGAUGGAAGCGAGGCACUCCAAUAGAGUGGGAGGGAGGGUCGGCCGAAUUUUGCGCGAGAGAGGGUGUGGCGGUGAGGGAAAAUACAAGACGGAGGCUGCAAGCGCUAGACGACGGGGCCGCCGGGCCGUUCGGGCCGACAUUCCGCUCUUGAUUGAGGCGCUCGUCGAUAUGCCGUGUGUCGUACCGUC